CCCGUCCCGGGAGGAUGAAAAUUCAGCCUGCGGUGCCACCCAGCACCAGAUUACCAACGGAACCCGACAGUUUCUCCCCAUGUGCCAUAGCACCCUCAGCGAUGGGAUUACACCCAGAGGGGCCACUGACCACGUUUGAUGACAACUCCGAGGUGGAAGCGUUCCUACAAAGCCUAGCCCCUCGGGAGAGGCGUAAAAUCCUGAGGCAGCUGCCCAGCGACGGGGGCUGGCGACCCCAGCAGCGCCGCCGAGGAGUGAGCGAGGCGACGUGUGACGGCAAACGGCAGCAGGCGUACACGGGGCACCCGCAUCCAACGACGCUCACGAGAAUGCCUGUCCUGCAGCAGCAGCACCUCGAGCCGGGUGGCAGGAGCACCGCAGCGGGUGUGUCGCCCGACGCCUGUGACAGACAACCUGAGGAAUUAGACUGUGGCAUCCAUCAGUGUGCGUCACCGAACAAGGAAGGCGCUGGAGGACCGAUCCGUGAAAGGCACCAAAGCGCUGCUGUGUGUUACUGCGGAAACAAAAGCAGCAGUGGCAGCCUCUAUUUACUGUCGUCAGUCCCAGGCUCUAAAUCCCUACCAGCUGCAGCGGGGACAAAAGGAAGGGAAGACUGCGGGAGGAGGUUUUCACUGGGUGAGCCGAUCACAGUGCAAGGAGCGACGUGUGCUGUUUGUCUUCAGCACCGGGUGACAACGGCUAGCCGGGUACUGCAGCCGCCGGGUAUGCGAUCUGAGGGCAGGAAGAAUGUAAAGGGCCCCGCCACUGACGAGCACCCACCUCAACACCUAAUAAACGACUACACAAAUGACCUAAAGGUGCCACCAUGCACCACUGCUCCAGGCUUCCAGAAAUCGGGACGCUCACGGCUGAGGAUCCGACACGAAUCGGCAGCGCGACGGGCUCCUGAUGUUAGGACUAUUUUUGAACAACCUCGAGACCCCCGGGUGAAAGAAGAGAGGGGUGAAGGACACAGCUUUGAGGCUGCUUUUGCUGGUGGCCAGACAUGGUGCGACCUAUGCGGCAAAGAGGUGACGCUGAGCCGAGGAGGCGGGGCACUCCGCUGCAAGAAUUGCAAGUUCACAUGUCAUACAGAAUGUAAAGAGUUGAUCCAACUUGACUGCAGCCAGAAGGAGAGACCAUCGGCGCCUACUACCUCUCCGGAGAGUACACUAGUGCGGGAUGAUUUCAAGAAUGCUGUUAAGGAAGAACGUAAAGUCCUUUCAGUGCCAGAGGUUAAGCAGCAUAUAGAAAAGUACAAUGCAAGUGUAUCAGACUGCCUGGGGAUGACACUGAAUGAAGAUGGCAGCUAUACAGGGUUUAUUAAAGUGCACUUGAAACUUCGUCGCCCAGUGACAGUGCCAGCAGAUGUUCGGCCGCAGUCUAUUUAUGAUGCACUCAAUGAAAUUAACCCAGCAGAGAAUGCAGUCAAGCGGACAUCUUUUUACCUGCCUUUGGAUGUCAUAAAGCAGUUGCAUAUCAGUAGUGGCACAACUGUGGGUGAAGUGAUUCAGGCACUGUUAAAAAAGUUCAUGGUGCUUGAUAACCCUCAGAAAUUUGCACUUUACAAAGAGGCAAAAAAAGAUAAGCAAGUUCUCCUUCAGAAACUGAAGUUAACGGAACACCCACUAUACUUACGACUUCUGGCAGGCCCUGACACGGAAGUUCUUAGCUUUACUCUUAAAGAAAAUGAAACUGGAGACGUUGAGUGGGAUGCUUUUUCACUCCCAGAGCUCCAAAACUUUCUGAUGAUUCUGGAUCGUGAAGAAAGGGAGAGGAUUCAUCAAGUGGAACUUAAAUAUGCAAAAAUUAGGGACAAGCUGCAAGAAGCCUUGAAGGAGGCAGGAGAAAACCCAGGAUAGAAAUAAUAUGCAUACAUACAUGUGAACUAAAUGGACAAACAAGUCUUUUUACAGUUCCCUCAGUACAGUUCGGAGCAGGUCUCUCCACAAAGCAGAGGGAAAACUUGAUAAGAGACAAAUGUUAUGUUUCUUAGGUCAUUCUGAAUGAGAUAGGAACUGAAAUGGACAAGAAAAGAAGUGUAUGUUUAGGAGCGUGGCCUCCAGACAGACCAAAUACAGCUGCUAAAGCUUUGCUCUUUUAUGAUUUUUACUAGCUGUUUAACUGGAAUACUGUGCAUGGAAUCUUAUCAAGAACUGAAAAGGUGGACUGUGAGGGACAUCAGUUGUCUCCCUCUGGAUGGACCUGGGACUUCAUUAUUUUCAGCUGCUUUGUCUUCACAGAGCGUGGUGCUUUCAGUAUUUGUUGAUCCUCAUUUUUAGAGCCAUUUUACAUUAGCAAAAGCUGAUGGGAAUAUGUUUUUUGUUAGGGAGAACUGUGAAAUUUAAAGUGGACUGAUGUUUUGUUUAUUUAAAUGGCCAUUACCAACACUGGUGAACUGGAACAUGUAAAUGCAGAACUCUUUAUCACUUAAGGUUGCAAAGAAAGUGGUGCUCUUUUAAGUGUGAGACAGGUCAGAGCACUGAACACACAAUACUUGUGCUUUUCAUCCAAUUUAACAUAUGUCGCCAUAAUGAAUGGUUUAAAAAUAAGGCCUAGUUUUUUUUCUUUUACUUGUCAUGAAAACUAGAAAAGCUCCAGAAUGUAAUCUGGGGGAAGUUUUUCUCUUACCUUUGUGGCAGCUAUCUGAUUGUGAUAGUUCCUGCCAUCUCUUUAUUUUUGGGGAUUGGGACCUGAUUUGCAUCCACUUUUUUGACUUCUGGCUGAUUAGAGAGUAAAAAAAUGGUAACCUAAUUUUGUUAUUCAGUACACAGUAAAACGAAUAGUAUAUAUUAACAACUUCAUAAAAUCUCACAUAAAAAGGGAAAUAAAUUCACCUUAUUGUUAUUUUUCUGUUGUUAUGGUGCAUCCUGAUCAUAAAUCUUACAGUCUGUCUUGUCCUUCAUGGAUGUACCCAACUCUUGAAAAAUUAUGCACCGUCAUUGGUUGCUUCUUUAAUGUCCUUGGGCAAUUACAGUUAAGCAGCACAUUGCACAAAUCUUAUUUUAUUAUAUAUUAGGUGCAAGAGGUUGUGUUCUAGAAAAUGAACACGCAGAAUAUGUGGUCUGAUGAAGUCAGGACAAAGGGUUCUGUCAUGCCAAGAAGCUCCAUGUUUGUGUCUGCUUAAUAAGCACUGCGGCUGAAUAUGGUAGCACUUUAGGGGAUGUGUUUUUCCUGAGUCUGUCUGUAAAACAUAUACUGCUAGUCCUGUCAAACAUUUGCACAACAUUUUGUAGUUGUGACAUGAUGGAGACCUGCAAGACUGUUUCUAGACUGAGGCAAGCAGAGCAGUAGCACUGGACAUUAGUCAGAGGCAGCCACCUGUAAGUGACAUCAAGUCCAGAGGAGUUUGAUACACUAGCCAGAGACUGCCACCAGUAAGUGACAUAAAGCCCAGAGCAGAUUGAGAGGAGGGAGUACUUUUUUCAGGUUUUAUCCUGGGAAUCAAGCUGUCUAGAAAUAGCCCCGAAGACCCAACUGCAUAAUGAACUUACAACAAAAUAGCUGCGGCACCAAGUAAGUCCCCUUUAAACCUAUCAAAGCAGUACUGAAAGAGUCCUGUAAUGCAGGUCACCCAUUCCAUGACAUGAUGAAAUAGUUUGUCACAUUGGCAGCAUUUUCCAUCUUGCGGCAGGUUAUAUCUGUCAGUAUGUUUUGCUGCCUCUGCAGGUGGCCUAGGUAUCUUACCACUAGUUUACUGAACAAACUGUAAAAGCUUAGGCAUAUUAUAGGUGAUACGGAAGAACACAAAGUCCCAGAUGUUGUAGAAUGAAAUAUGAGUACUGUAAGUGUGAACACCCCCAAACACACACACACACACACACACACACACACACACACACACACACACACACACACACAUACAGUCACACCACAGUUCUCUAGCAGCUGCAGAGGUAUAGAUCGGAGGCAAAGGCUGCAGCAUUUUAAGAAGGACUGACCAACCAGAGGCAAGCAAAUUGUUGAGGAGCAAGUACCAUCUGUAAUUAGUUAUGUCAACAAUUACACUCUAUUUAUUCCUGCUGUACAUUUCUUGUACAUGCAUGGGAUUGCCAAUCCUGAAGGAACAUAGGCUGUUUUCAGUUCAAUUUCAAAAGCAAAAGGUGAGAUUAUAAUCUGUUUAAAAGGUCACACAGGAAGUUGUCUGUUACAUGAAAAGUUUCUAAGUUAAAAUACACACACACAUACACAACCAACAUAAUGAUUAGUGUAAGUAAUGUCAAUAAAAUUCAGAUCCGAAAAGUAAAAUUUUAAAGCUCAUUUCUUUGAGUUACACAAUGUAGCAGUUAAAAUUUUGACAGCACUGGGUAUAGUUUGCGUUUUACUCUAAAAUUCUCUUGUAGUAUGAAUAAAAACGAGUGGUGAUAUUUCGGCAGUAUUUAAAAAAACAGCUUCGAAUCAUUGGAACUGAGUAAAACUGCUAUAUAUAAAAUAACUCCAUCCUUUAAUGAGCAAUGAAGAUACUCACAGAUGGGCAGAAUAAUACAAGUACACAAAAAUCAAAUUGCUAAGAAUUCCUAAAAAUAGUACUGGUAUGCAAGGUGCACAGUGACAACCUGCAGUCUAUUUCACUGAUUUAAAUCUAUGUGUGAAUGUGGCAUCAGUUUACGUUUCCAGCUAUGGUUAUUAUAUUUUAACUGUUUUGGAAAUAUGAUAAAUAUGGACGGACUAAGUGAAUUCUUACUCCUUUUUUAAUGUACUAGGCGUUUAGAAGGAAUGUUUUUUUACAUCCUUGGAAAAAACAGCAAAAGGUUAUCCACACACUAUAAGUGUUUCAGGUAAAGAAAGAUGGUAACAUAAACUAGAACACUGUAAACAUUUCAUUUGAAAAGUUGUUCUGGGAAGUCAACCGCAUUGUUUACCCUGUAACACAGAAAGGAGGAAGUGCUGCGUGUGAAAACAGAACACGAUAUGCUGUACAAAAUCAGCAUAUGGGUCUGUAAUGAAUCUUGUUUAAAUUAGUCUGGCAUGUUGAUAGAGCAGAUUAUUACAUGGUGUGCAGACUGCCAAUUACAAAACUAAUGUUUCAGGUGAGAAAUGAGGAGAGAUCAUAACAAGCACUUAGAUCUGAUUUGUGUUCCCACCAAAUGUAUUCUUAGUUGUAUAUGCAAAUGUAACCGUUGUUGAGUUUUUCUGUGUUAUAUGCAGAUUACAUCUGGGUGUCUUUAUUACUGCCUAGUGCAAACUGUAGUACCAGGAACCACUCAUAUUUACAGUGACCUGGGUUCUGCUAGUGGCCAGAUGUCAAAGAACUAAUGGGAAGGCAGAGGAAAAAAGAACAGCUGAUGGUCAAGUCAUGUUUUUGAAGGUGGAAGGAGGUGGCAUGCAAUUUCCAGGGUGCUUUUGUGACCUCUGCAUCAGAUUGCAUGUAGACAAAUACAUGGAUGCCUCCUUCUUUAGUCUUUGUAUGUCAAAGACAUAUUGGUGGGCCCAGGGCAUGUUUAGAGCAUAAAAAGGACUGUCCCUGCAGUGUGGUGACUGUGAGAAUUUCCCGGGUCCUGCCUUUAACCUUUGAGGGAAGAAAUUAGUUAGGAUGGUAAUCAGUGGUUCCCACAGAGUCCAAAGUUAACCAGAAGGGACAAAGUUAAGGUGCAUUUCAGAGCCAACAUAUAAGAGCAGUCAGUUUAUUUCAAAUACAUAAUAAACUAACCAACAAUCUGAUUUAUAUGUACAAACCAAACCUUGCAGUCAUUUUUCAUUAGCCAGGGCACAAACUUGAUGAAAUCACUGAAGAUGAUAGAAUUUUGUUUUUGUUUGUUUGGUUUUUUUUUUGUAUCAAGCCUGUAGUCGCAUCAAACUAAUCUGUCACCAUGAAGGGGAAAUAACAGCUGUCACACUACUGUGGCUGGCAGCCCAUAUAUUUUUUACUGAGAUGCAACUUUUUCUGAUGUAAGGAGGUGUGGUUCUUGAAGAGUAAGAUUUUUAUAUUUAAUGCAUGCUUCCAAACACUGAGAAUCCUCCAGUGAUUUUGUUUUCCUUGUUUUAACCUUGCAGUAGCUAAAACAAAGGUUAGUGCUUUAUUCUGUGAACAUAAGUCAUACAAUGUUACUAUAACUCUUUAUGAUUCUGCCUUAGGAUUUUGGAGGUCUUACUUCAAGAUGUUCUUGCAAUGGGUGUCACUUAAAAGGACAAGUGCAGUGUGGUGGUAUAGAAUCUUACCACUCAAUCACAAAGGAGUAAAAUUCAUAGAACUGGCUUCUGAAAAUUAGCAGAAGCUCCAGAAGAGGAGCACUUUCCUAUGUGUUCUUCAUAACAGAAGGUUUUAAGAUACUAGAGUCCACAUGUAGAUAGUGAUAAUGAAGGGGUUAGCCCAGUUAAUUAAAAAUAAAUGCACCCUUAAACAGCUCUAAUUUUAUAAAAGAAAAUCAGUAACUUUAGGAGGAAGACUGGUGGCCAAAAUCAUAGCAAUUGAUUGGCACUGGCUAGAACCACGUAGUUGAAUCCAUUAAAUAGCUAUUUAGUUAUUUUAACUAUGGCAACCUGCAGAACAAGUGUAAGGCAAGAAUAUAUUUCCAUUAAAAGGGUGCUCCAUUCAUUUUAUGCUGUUCCAUUUCUGAAGCAUGUAGAAUUAGAACUCAUUUACUUAUGAUGAUCGUUUGUGGAUUCUGUAAGGAUGAAAUUGUAUGGUGGUUGCAUUCAUUUCCAUGGGGUAGAAGUAUUUUUUUAAUAGUUCCUGUUUGAGGUAUCAAAAAUGGCUCAGAAAAAUAGAAUUGCUCAAAUCUGUUUUACAGAAGUGUUUUUGAGCAAAUAGUUUUUGAAGAAAGUGAGUAACCCUUCAACCCCCUCCCCCCAUUGAUUGAAAAGCUGUCCACACAUCCCCAACUAAAUCCAAUCUGUACUGUGACUGUUCUACUGUCUGGUAGGUUGCAUUUCUUUAUUUUUUCAGUGAUGCUCAAAUCGCUUAUCGGUUAUUUGGCAUGCAGCAGACGUUACCAUUUCACUCACUGGUGGUCUUUUUGAUGCCACUGUGCAGUUUUUUUCUUCUUUUUUUCUGCAUUUAAUUUUAAGAAUAAGUGUGAGAGAAUGAAGCAAAUAGCUUUAUGAAACUCCAGUCAUGGGUGUCUUCAUUUGUGAAAGCUUUAUUUAAAACACUGGCCAGUGUCUCAUUUCUGUUAUUUGAUCCAUUUGCCAGAUGCAGGAGAAAUAUGUUAUGUAAAAUCAGUCUGCUUUCUGUCCAGCUGUUAAAAAUGGAAAUAAAUUCUGAGGGGAAAGAAGAAAAUAAGCCUUCCUAAUGAGUGUUUUUUUUUUAAUGAAACCGCCACUUAACUGGCUGUUACAGGAAGCAAAAAGAAAAAAAAAGACAGGAGCAGAAAAAGUUAUAAUAUUGUGCUUGCAACAGAUCUGGUCUUGGCAUACUCUCCACAUCUUGUAGAUAUCAAACCUACACCUCAAACCCAAACAGCCAUACUGGUGGUUACCUGUUACCCCACGCCAGUUAACUUAGUUCUACCCUUCUGAUGUCAGAAUCAGGAACACUGGAUUUCAUGUGUUAAAUGACAUAACAGUCAAACUGGACUUAGGAUGCCCCACACAAGCAUCCAGGAUAUUGUACUCUACAGAAAACCAGGGUUCAAACUCCCUUCACUGUUCAUUUUUGUAUUUAUCUGUUUGUUUUUUGAAUACCAGUGUCAGUCUGGCAUUUUCUAUAAAUUCAAUUUCAGAUUUAUUUUUAAUAAUGAAAUCAAACAUGUCUAGUAGUAGUUUCUUUGCCCAUACAUGAACUGCAGUUGAUGCUGGGCAAUUUGCUUAAAUAAAGACAUUCCCAUUAUCUUAGCAUUUAAUAUUUAAUUUGUACUGUAACACAAUGAAUGAAUGUCCCUAGUUUAUCCACAGGAAGGUUUUUUUGCAUUUGGACCCAUGAUUCCGGUAAAGACUCUUAGCAUUUUAAGAGUUUAUGAACAUCUGAAAAUCUUACUAAUGUAUUAACUUCUGUUUGUUUAAUUUUUCUUCAAAAUGGGAGGGCAAAUAUUGCAAUUUAAUAACUUCAUGGCUGUCGCAGAUGUCAUCUUUCACAUUCGUGUAAUGUCCCCUUCAACCUGAAACUGAAGAUUUGUUUUUAUGAAAGUAUCAUCUUGUCUAAAUUUUAUUCUGAGCCCAAUCUUUGGUUAAGCAGUCAUAUGAACAGGAAGCUCCUUUGGUAAACUUGCCUUGUUCCUCUGCACAUUUCGGUUGUUAUGGACGUCCAUGUUGCUCUCCUGUACUGCAGGAAUCAGACCCUAUUCUACAUUACAUCUGACUUGUAGUGCUCAUUUGUCACCUUAAGAAGUAUUAUUUCACUUGUUGUUCCUAUCUCUGUUGUACCACCAACAGGAGACAUUAGCUGACUCUGGCACUUUAGGUACUCUAAGUGAUGUCUGCAUAUUCUAGAUAGUUUGAUUUAGUCAGAUAUUGGCUUUGCAAAACAUGUUUGUCAGGCCUUCAUAUUGUAUAGUUUAUCAGGCCCCACCUCCUAAUGCUGUGUAAUCAAUGGUCCUUCAUUCUUUUCUUUUGAUAUUGGUGUGUUUGAAAUUAGUACUUUUUGAAUAUAGGCAAAGCCAGAUGUAGCCUUUGUUGGAUAUGGCACAUGUCUUUAGAGGAUCAGAGUUGCCAUUAGCCUCUCAGAUGCAGCCAUCUUAGCCAAAAAUAAAACCACAUAAAAGAGGAAGGAGUUUAGUCUGCCCUGUAUGUACAACAAAAGCAUGAACAAGAAGGAGAGGAAUAAGGUUAGAUUCUCCUUAAUGGAGUGAGGAGGCAAUUCUAGGUUUACCGCAACUUACCAGUAAUGACUUUCUCAGAUACCAAAGCACGAAAAUAAAUUCACUAGGUCAGUUGGUGAAAAGCCAAAAUUCCUGAAAUGAUAGUGAAUUCAAAUAAGGCUCCCUUUAUUUUGUAGUGGAAAAGCAACAUUCUCUCACCCCACACACUCACCCAUUACUAAUAUACUCCAGUUUUGAUGCUGCAUAACGUUAGAGAAAAGGAAGUAGUCAGUUCCCUAGAAAGCCAAAUACUUCCUGAAACUCCCAAAGUUGCACAUCCUCUGAAUGAAAAUAUAAAAACUCUGAGGCUGUAGAUGAAUAGUCUCUCACAAUGGAAAGUGCAUAGGAGACUACCCCCUUAUCAAAGUUGUGUUAUUUUAUUUCCAUUUCCAUAAUACUGAAGUAUUCACUGUAGCUAUUCUCACUGCUAUUAUAUGAACAGACUUAGAGAUGUUUUCAUUUUAAAACACCUCGGUAUUGCAUGAAAUCGUGCUGCAAGAACUGUGUGAUACCAACUAACUGGCAACAACUAUGAGUCAUACUCAGACUUUUUCUUUAUGAAAUAUGUUCGUUUGACAUUACCAAAAGCACCAAGAAUGGUAUUCUUUUAACAUUAAUUAUGGGAUCUCAUUACAGUAAAGUUGUGAAUACAUAAGACAUUUUGAUAACUUAGAUUUAGUGAUCUUUAAUUCUGCAUGAAGUUCUUCAUUAAGCAGUCAUAACCUGGCAAUCACAGUUGGUAACCUAAUCUUUUAUCUAAUGAAGUAGAGUAUUGAGUGGACAUUUUACUUAAUACCCUAGCAAUUGCCUGACUAGGGACACUGUUGUGAUUCUUCUGUAUCACUAAUUUUGCCAUCUAGGUAGUCAUGCUGUUCAAAUCUAGUCACAUUAUUCCAAUCAACUAGCCCCAGGCUAGCAUUCAAGCCUCCAUCAGAGAAUCCUGCUGAGGUAGGAAAUCAUCUCUGCCUCCUUCGAACAUUUUAUUUUUAUUUAUAGUCUGUUAUUCAGAAUGGAGCACUAGUCCAAAUGGAGCAUUUUCAGACCAGCCCAGUCAUUAUAAGAUAAAUAACCUCUGGUUGCUCAAUCCCAUUUGACUUGGCCCUGUCCUUAGAUCCUGCAUUUCCUAUUUGAAGCUACAUCACCUACACCUGCAUUAAAAUUUCCAGUCAUAGCAAGUCUUAUCUCCUCCAUAUCUUUUUUGAAAAGAUUAAGUGGAGGAAAAUAGCUCUUAAGUAGCUUUGAUGUACAUGAGCAAAUAUGUUUCUACCUUAUACAGUUAAACUCUUUACAGAGAUCCUGUUGAAGUAUAAAAAGACGGUUGAUUCAAACGGUUAAUUCUAGUAACAAUUUUUUUGGGGUUUUUUUUUGCCAUUAUAAGCUCAUAACACCUUUGUUGAUUUAGUGAAGAGCCUUACCAACAAAAUAGUUUCACAAAUUUAGUACAUAUUACAGCAUAGAUAACCUUUGAAUGGGAAAUACUUAGGGCAUUCUUUCCUGAUGUUUUUUUAAAUUUUUUAUAGAACCUUAUGGCACACGUAUUUUAUUGCAGAUAUUCUUCUGCCACCCUCGGCACCCUUAUUUCCCACUAACUGGAAUUCAGUCCUGGCAGUAUUAUUUGGUGCUAAGGCAUUCCAAAGUAAGAGCACAUUUGAGAGACCCAGUCAACAUAACUGUUAGAUCUGCUACAUAGAUACGCAGCAGAUAUCUGUGUCCUUCUUCCUUCAACCAGGAUAUUUUGUAUGCUGGAAAACUGAUCUAAGAUGGGACAAAUCGGAGGAAUGUCUUUCUUAGAAUUAAAGCACAUGCUUUCUCUUAUGUUUUUGUUGCUCACUGAAGAUCUAAGCAUGAAACAUGGCUAGACAUGCCCUUUUGCACUGUCGUAUCUGUGCCUUAUGUCAGAUUUCUGGAUAACCAUGCCAAAUGACUGUUUGAAGAAUAUGACCAAGGUUUCCUAGCACUAGCCAAAUCUCUUUUUAUUUAAUGUUUCCUGCUUUAGUAGUCCAUUUCAAACAUCUUCAAGUAAUCUCCUCAUAUAAUUAUAUCUUAGCAAACAGCAAGUAUGUGGGAAUUCAGCCUGAUACAUAUGUAGAGACAUUCCUCUUUAUUUCUAUGUGUUUUGCCACUCUUUAUCACUUUAAAGUUAACUGUAAUGAGAUUUGCAUCGCUACAGAUGCUUACUCUGUACUUUUUUUCUUCUAAAAGUUUAAAGCCUACAAGUUUUGAUUGUGGUCAGAUACUAAUUCCCAUUUUUUAUACUGGGAUACCUUUCUGUUGUUACGUGUGUUCUGCUUAGCUAUUGAUGUUCCACAGGUCUUUUGCAGGCCUAAGAUCGUUGGCUGUAGUUUUAGAAUUAUUAUGCCUGAAGCACAUUAUAAUCUGUUAUUUUUGCUUUGUUUUUCCUGUACUGUCAUUAAUAAUUAUUGUGCAUAUGAUGGCUAAUAAAUACUACAGGUUUAAAAGUAUGCUGCACUGAAGAAAAAUGUCUUGCAAUACAGAAGAAAUGGGGAUCUCUGAAAAUAGAAUGCUUUCAGUAAAGACGUUUGUCCAAAUAUGGACUGCUUGGUUAUUAGUUCUUAGCAUGCUCUUCUGGGAAUUGGGUAGCUGUAUUUCUUCAAACUGCAUGAGGAUUACUGUGGUCUGUUACAUAAUUUCUCUGAAUUUAUUAGAGUUGCUUUCCAUGUGAGGAUCUGGUAAUGGAGGACUUGGGAUUAUCCAAAAUGUGGUUAUAAACAUAAUGCACUAGUCUUCAAUAUUUUAUUGUGUUAUAUCUCUUAUACAGUUGGUGUAUUUGUUGUAAUUAAGAGAAUACAAAGAAAAUGUAUCGAAUACCAAGAAUUCCCACCUCCGUACUGUGCAAAGAAUAAUGCAGAUCGAAUACCAAGAAUUCCCACCUCCGUACUGUGCAAAGAAUAAUGCAGGCAGUGCCUUUCUUCAGCUGUGUUAUCUGCUGUGAAUAAUUAUGUAUAAAUGUAAUUUGAAAACUAUAUCUGACAAGAUUAUGUAAUGAGACAAAUGGAGUUUAAAGCAGUGGCAUCUAAUUUAUUUUUACAAAUGUAACUAAAAACAGAAACAAGUUUUAUUGGGAUACUGUGAAAUGCUCUGUCCCAACCAAAACUGCUGUACGAAUAGAUUGAAAUAAACUUGCAUUCUGUAUUGUUUGCUUUCA